AUGGGAAGUAGAACACCUAAAAAAGAAUUUGCAUUUGAAGAUGAUGAUGUUAUCGAAAAUAAUAGCUAUUCAAUCAAAUCUAAGCAGAAUUAUAAAAAGAAGUAGAUAACACAGAAGACAACUAAAUCCACUAAUAGGGAAUACAAAAAUUGUGCUAAACUGAGUAAAAUACCAGAGUAGUAUGGAGAGGAUUAAAGUUAAAGUAGUGCUGCAGAAAAAUAAAGGGCAGCUAAAAUGAAAGAAUACAUUUCUUCACUUAUUGAUUAACCCUAAUAAUUGAGGUACGAUAGCUUAAACACAAUUUAAGAAUGGGCAUAUUCUGUAGGGCAUUUUAUGAACGAUUUAACUGCAGCAUGCUGGUUUAAUUAUUUGCUCUACUGGCUCAAGUAAGUACUUUAAUUUUAGUAUGCUUCCUGGUCUAUGCUUUCUGGAUAAAUUUUUGAUGCAAUAUCUACUCCACUUGUUGGAUAUUUGUCAGAUAAAACAAAUACAAGAUUUGGAAAAAGAAUGCCAUGGUACAUUAUUGGAACUGUACUUGUUUUAAUAGGAUUUCUCCCAGUCUUUCAUUGCUUUAUUCCAGGAAAAAUUUGGUUAUCUUUAGAUGAUAAUAACUCAUUAAAAGCAUUUUACUAUAUUUUUUUCCCCUCACUUUUUAAUGUUGGAUGGGCUGCAGUGUAAAUAUCCCAUAUGUCUCUUGUUCCAAGCUUGACAGUAUCAAGAAAAAGAAGAGACUCUCUUAAUAAUAAAAGGAAUACUUUUACAUUUAUAGCUAAUUUGAUAGUUCUUAUAAGUGCUCUUAUAUUAUUCUAAACUGUACCAGAUUCACUGAUAGACUUUGAACUAUUAGGAUGCAUAGUGAUUGCUAUAGGUUGCUUGACUCAGUUAUUCUUUAUAGUGUGCAUCAAUGAAAAGAAGUUAACUUAAGAAUGUGAUAAAUGCACAAAUAACAUCAAAAAAAUAUUAUCAUCAGCUUCCUUGGCACUUCCAUAAAGAGAAACUCAAAUAUUUGAUAGAGAACGUGGAAAAGUCAUAUCAGUUAAUGAGUGCUUAUCUUAUGAUGAAGAUAAUCCAGAUCAUGAAGAAUAACACAAAUCAUGGAAAUAAUGGCUUAAGGAAAGAGAAUUUUACCACUACGCAUUCGUUUAUAUGGGAUGCAGAUUAUAUUGUAACAUCAUCUCUACUAUGAUUAAUUUUUAUCUUGUUUACGUUCUAAGAAUUGCCACAGAAGAAGAAAUAUCUGACAGUACUCCUAUGGAAAUAGCACUUAUUCCUCUCCUUUUAUUUAUUUCCUCUGUUUUAAUGUCUUCGACUCUAGACUAGUUGUAUUAAAAAAUCGGAAAAAGAAAAGUAUUCUCUAUUGGAGCCGUACUUAUGAUUGUUUCUAGCACAUUUUUAACCUUUGUAGAUGUAGAAACAGGUUAUUUAAUGUAUCCAAUUGCUAUUUUGAUAGGUUGCUCAUAAGUUAUGCUUCUAAACACAGGUAUUACCCUAAUAUCUGAUGUUAUAGGGCUUAAAGGCAAAAGUGGUGCAUUUGUUUUUGGUGCAUAUUCCUUCAUGGAUAAAAUUUCAACAGGUAUCGCUUUAUUUUUCAUAAGCGAAAGCCCUUACUUUAAGUCUGAAUCCUUUAUUAGGUGGGUUACUGUAUUGGUUCCUCUUAUUUCUGGACUUUUUGCCUGGUUAUUAGUAAUGACUGGAAGCAUUAAAGAUAAUUUGUCAGAGACCUAAGAAAGCGAGGAAUCUGAUUCAGAAGAUAGUCAAUAUAUUAUACCAAAAAAGAAUCCACGCAUAUCCAGUUUGAGUGCAGAUAACGAAGAUGAAGAAAAUGAAGAUAGCUUUGAAAAAAAUAAGAACUUCUAAUAAUUCAUAGAAAAUAUAAAAAAAGAAUUUGCAAAUUGA